UCUGGAAUAACCAUAAAAAACGGCCAUUUUUCUUUCCACUGUAAAUCAUAUUAGGUUCCGUCUAGCAUUUUUGUUCUUGUUUUCCUACGCCUUUUGUUGAAUUUAAGGAUAAAGACCUUAUGAUUGUACCAUUUUGGACUUAAUACAUACCAACGUUUUUCUUAUAUCAAGAUUCUAGAUUAGAUCUAGAGACAGACCCGUAUUGAUGGGUCGUUCACGGAGCAGGAGUAGGUCUUCGAGUCGUCAGAGACACAGAUCUAAACGAAAAAAGAACAGAUCAAAAUCACGGUCAGCAUCAAAGGAUAGGUCUUCAAAAUCUAAACAGAGUCGCAGCAGUCGAAUGCGCUCUAGAUCAAGAGAUCGUAAAAGACCUACAAGAAAAAGAUCCUUUUCAUCCAGUAGUUCUGAUAGCGAUGAUGAUCUCAUCCUUAGAGCUAAGAAACGAGAAGAGGAAGAAAAGAAAGCUGAGAUGGAGAAACAACGUCUUCUACGUCAGAAGGAGCUAGAAGAGAAAUUGAUUGAAGAGGAGGUAGCGCGGAGAGUAGAGGCCCUUGUCAAGCAGCGCGUUGAGGAGGAACUGGAGAAGCGGAAAGAUGAGAUUGAAGCCGAAGUUUUGCGGCGGGUAGAAGAAGCUAAGAAAAUUAUGGAGAAACAAAUGCUGGAAGAACUUGAGAAGCAGAGGGAGUCCGAGUUGGAGGCACAGCGUUUGAAAGAGGAGGAAGAGCGCAAAAAGAGAGAAGAGCUAGAGAGGAUCAUGAUUGAAAACAAUAAAAAGAUUGAAGAGGCACAGCGUAAACUGGCUGAAGAGCAGUUAAAGUUGGUGGAAGAACAGAGGAAAAUGUUAGAGGAAAAACAACGCAUGGAAGAAGAAGAAAAGAGACGCUCCAAAAAAGAUCAAGAAAUCAUAUUGAACAAGAAAAAUGCAAGACCAAAGCUGUCAUUUUCAUUAGGUGGGAAAUAGCAAGAUCCGUCUUUCAAGGAGGACAAGCUGAGGAGUCCAGAGAGGGAAAUCUUGUGUUAUUGUAUAAUCCUGUUCACCUCUUAGAUUGCUAUAUGUGUUGGUGUCUGAGAAUCUGACCAGAUGGAAUGUGUUCUGUGUUCAUGUACAGUUGAUGUGUAUGACUUGACAGUACAGCUAGCACACUUUCCUGUCUUUCACCAUGAGACUAGGUUGAUAAAGCCUCUUUAGUCUCUGGAGACUUUUGUUGCCAUGUGCUAUGUUUCAUUACUGAUGGUGGAACUGUCUCCAGUUUAUAUUGUGUUUAACUGGUUCAUCCCUCUUGAGACAUUGUGACUGGAAUGGCAGCUGAUUUUAGUUUUUGUAUGUUCAAUUUUUAGUCUUGAUUUGUUUUGUUGCUUUGGGUUGAAAGGCAUUUUGUCUUGCUUGUUGCUAUUGAAAGGUAAGUAUGUACUGUUCACAAUAGGAUCAGACUCAAUGUUUCAAGCACUAGGUUGACGAGUCCUUAUCUUAUAUGAUACAGACAGUUACUUCCAAAAAAAGAUGUCCACUUGGGUUUUUAGUGUCUAUUCAGAAUAAUUUAAAGGCAUUUUUAAUGAAAUUGUACUGGUACAGUACAAUGUAACAGCUUUUUAAAACCAGUGUGUGUGUGUGUAUGGUGAAGGUGAACUAGUGAGACUUUGACUGUGAAGUAGGAAUUCCUAGCAUAAUAAAUAUUUGUCUAUGCAGAGUUUCAUCUUACAUACAAACGUAACAGUGAGAUGUCUCAGUCAAUAGAAACACUUGAUUCUUUAUGAACACCUUAAGACUGAGUCAAUUGUAAUGAGACAAUAAGAUUUAGUGAGUAGUUUAGGGUUCUCACAUUUUUGUUUGGCCUGCUGUAAUGCUGUGCAAGUUAAUUGCAUUACAAACUUUUGAGGAUUAAGGCCAGGCUAGCACAAUUCUGUCUCUGACAAACAUUUGGUGUCUCAUUAAAUGCUUGACAGUUGUCCUUUCUUCUAGUCUACUGAAAAUAGUUUCUACCAAGAUCUGGAUUCAAUAGUAAAAGAGUAAUUGUUAUUUGAAAUUUUUGGUACAGAUUCACGAACUGUGUCUACUUGCUUUCACUUGCGUUGGUUCAAUCCUAUGAGUAGACUUAGAUAGUGUCAGCUAGAAAUGAAGGUAAGUAUUCUCUGGACAUCAGUUGGGUCCAUGUGGUUGUUUGAAGGCUGUGUGGAAGUACAAUUGUAAAUGUGUUGGCACUCAUUUCCUUCUAUUUGUACAAAAUGGGCCAAUGUCACUUGUUACAGUUGGUCUCUGUUUAGGAUUUUUAAAUAGAUAAUAAAUCGAAGAAUACCAUGA